CUCUGUUUUUACAGGUGGCCCAUGUAAACAUCAGUACCUAGUUGUCAAGAAGUUCAAUAUCCAAUGCUGCUGGAACUUCAUUUCUGCCAAUGAUAUAUCAAUGAGGAAACUGUUGUACGAGGUGGCUACAGGCUGUGCAAAUGCCCCAGAAGAAUGGUUUCUGUCUUUGAACCAUCAAAGUGGAGAAGAGCAAGCAGAAACCAACUUGAUAAUGGAGUCCAUAAGCAAUGCAACAUAUGAAAAUGAUGGUGCUGAUGACGACAACAUGGACUCGAACGAUGGGGUAAACAGAAAUAAAGGAGCUGUCUGCACAGAUGUUGAGAUUUCAGUCAAUGGACAUGAUGCUGUUACCAAUCCACGGCUAGCAAGUUUACACUUGCAACGCUCACUUCAAAACCAAUUUGAUACACGUGGUUGCACAUCAAAAUCAAGCACCAAGGAGAACGGAAGUGACCCAAUACUCAAUGAGCUAAACAAGGCAUUUCUUGCUUUACAGCAAAGCUACAUAGGAGACAAAGAAUUCCUUGGAGGACCAGUACAGAAAUUCACCAAGAAACUUCUGGAACUAAAUUCUGGAACGAAUACUGGGUUAGCUUCCGCGCUUCACUGCUUUGGCCGUUACUCUGGGGUGGCAGGUGCUCUGGGCAAGAAGAAAAAAUCUCUUGUUAGUAUGAAGAAGAUAGGUGUCCAGCCGACUGCAUUGGCAAGGAGGAAGAUGGUUGCCGGUGGCAGACACCGAAUAGGUGCUGGCAGACCAUCAAAGGACUGUUGUUUAAGUAGGAAGGAAGCUGUGCCGUUCAGUUCCCAGCGUGUGCCUACAUGCAGACGCAAAGCUCAACACAAUAUUAGUGAAUGUGUAAGAAAUAAUCAAUCGCUUGGCAAAACACAUUCUUCAAAGUAAUGGAAAAGCUCUACAGUGCGUAUCCAAAAAAAAGUUUACACUUUGAAAAAGGUGUUGGAAUUAAAAAUUAUACAA